UUUUCAAUCGUUAUCUUCUUUCCUUCCAAACUAGAGAAUUUUUGUUUGAUUGUUAUCAUCCAUAAUGCAAACGGUACGGUGAAGGUAGUGCGAAGGGAACAUUUGGGCGCGGGUUUAUAAAAUUGCAAAUGAACAUUUUGGGGACGUGAAAUUUUGUACAGACGUUUUAUUGAGGUUAUUUAACAUUUCUAAAAAAUUCAGAAAGUUUGGCAAACUUAUCGUGGAUUUUAAAAUUUUUUUAUAGAAACUUGAAACGUUUUAAAGCUUUAUUUAACCUCGAUUUAAAAAAUUUCUCUAGCUUAAAAUAUUUUUGUUCCCUACGCCCUACGUCUUAUGUUCCUUUCAACCUACGUCCGAUGUUCCCUACGCCUUACUCCUAAUGUUCCUUUCACUCUACAUACUGCCAAUGUUCCUUACACCUUACUUUUGAUAUUUCCUUUACGCCUAACUAUCCUAACCUAAAAUUUUUUUGAUGUUGCCAUUCUUUUGAUUUUUUAUUUAUUUAUAUUUCCCUCCCCCUUAUUUUUCGCUUAUCACUCACUAUCAACUCUCUAUUUACAGUUUUAUUAAAUUCCUAUUUUUAUUAUUAUUUUUCCCCAAUUUAUAUAUAAAAUAUAAAUAGUUUGUCUGUCAAUACAAAAGUUUGGUUUUUAAUUCCUUCAUUCUCUCCCUCCUAUUCUCGUCAAAAAACACAAAAAAAGUCUCCCCAAAAUAUGGACAACAACAAUUUAUUGUUGAAGAGGAGACAACAAACAUUAUCCACAGAAACCAGAACUACAACAAACGGAAGUAUCAACCAAUUUCGAACGAUUAGUGACGACAACGAUGCCGAUAUUGAAGAAGAAAUAGAAAUUAAAACGUUGACAGGCCAAAGUGUUAAUACAGACAGUCAACUGUCAUUCCGUUCAUCUCCAACUGUGCUACAUUUUCCGUCUAAUAAUUACCAUAAAUUGCGAAAAGAGCUUCAAACAAGCAGGGAAAUCCCCGUUCGGAGACCACCUCUAUCACUACCUCCACCUAAACCUCCACACAGUAUUCCUUCUAUUGGUGAUCGACGUAGGGCAGAUUCUUCAUUUUCCUCUGCCUUCUCUGUCUUUCCGGUGUCACCGGCACAUACUAUGGAAUACAGCCCUGCUAGUAGCGACUACAGAAGUGCAAUUUCCGCUCGUCAACACUUUCCUCGUUUAAUGAGACCAAUUUCGCCUGCACCAAGUGGAGGGCAUAGUAGAGUGUUAAAAAUGGUUAGCGAAACAUCAUCAAUUAGCAGCAGACCCUUAUCGCCUUAUCCUGGCUCUACUGCUGCUUCCGCUAUUCGAGAUACUAGAGAACGUGAAAAGAAGGAAAUGAGUGAUUUAAAUGAUAGAUUGGCUAUUUAUAUUGAAAAGGUCCGUUUCCUCGAAGCACAAAACAGAAAGUUGGCUGUUGAUUUGGAUUUUCUACGCAAGCGCUGGGGGAGAGAUGCCUCCAAUGUCCGUGAUAUGUUUGAAGCUGAUUUGAGACAAGCCAGAAAACUUAUAAAUGAAACGGAAAAACAAAGAGAAGAGUUGGAACGUAAAGCUAGGGCAAUGGCUGAAGAAAUGGCACAAUUAAAGAGAAAAAAUGAAGAGGCUUCACAUGUCCAUGAAGAAGAUAAGAAACGAAUGGAUGAAUUAUUGUUGAAAUUGGCUGCUUUAGAGAGUGAAUUGGCGGCACUGAGACGUCGAAUAGCUAUUGUAGAGGAAGAUGUUAAGGUAUUGAAGAGAGAGAAUAGUCGACUUACUGGAGAAUUACAAAGGACAAAAACUGAAUUGGACCAAGAAACACUCAACAGAAUUGAUCAUCAAAACCAAGUCCAGACAUUAUUGGAAGAAUUAGACUUUCUCCGGCGUGCCCACGACCAAGAAAUUCAAGAUUUACAAGCAAUGGCUGCUCGGGACACAACACAAGAAAAUCGUGAAUUUUUCCGGAAUGAAUUGGCUUCGGCAAUGAGGGAGAUUAGAGAGGAUUAUGAGAGAAUAAAUAGUCGAAAUAGAACAGAUAUAGAGUCUUGGUAUAAAUUAAAAGUACAGGAAAUACAGACACAAUCAGCCAGACAAAGUAUGGAACAUAAUUAUGCUAAAGAAGAAAUUAAACGAUUACGGACUCAGUUGGGCGAUUUGAGGGGGAAAUUGGCUGACUUGGAGGGGAAGAAUUCUCUUUUGGAAAAACAAGCGGAAGAAUUAGCUUAUCAAUUAGAAGACGAUCAAAGAUCUUAUGAUUCAGCUUUGAAUGACAGAGAUACCCAAAUACGCAGAAUGAGAGAUGAAUGUCAAGCUUUAAUGGUUGAAUUACAAAUGCUUUUGGACACAAAACAAACUUUGGAUGCAGAAAUUGCUAUUUACAGAAGAAUGUUGGAAGGGGAAGAAGAUAGGGCUGGGCUUAAACAAUUAGUUGAACAAGUUGUUAGAACACACCAAAUUAAACAGAGUGAUGAAUCGGAAUCUACACGAACCUUGAGAGGAGAAAAAUCAUCCCGUCAAUCCUAUCAACGUUUUGCAAAAGGAAAUGUCUCCAUUUUGGAAACGUCUUCUGAGGGUAAAUAUAUUGUUUUGGAGAACACUCACAGGUCAAAAGAAGAACCUAUUGGUGAAUGGAAAUUGAGAAGACGGAUUGAUGGAAGGAGGGAAAUUGUCUAUACAUUCCCUAGAGAUUUUGUUUUAAGGCCUGGAAAGACCGUUAAGAUCUGGGCUAAUGGACAUGGAAUACAUUCUCCUCCAGACCAAUUAGUUUAUGAGGGUGAAGAUACUUUUGGAGUUGGAUAUAAUGUGCAAACAAUACUUUACAAUAGAGAAAAUGAGGAACGUGCUUCACUUAUUCAACGCUCUUCAGGCCGACAAUAA